AUGCCUUAUGUAUCACCUCUUUCUCUUUCAAUCUCUUCCUUCCCUUCCCUCGAUUCUCAUCUUUUACCCUUGAACCCUAUCCUUCCUUCUGAUCAACCAAGGGAACAAGAAUCAACAUUCGCAUCGGACAACAACAAAGAACAAGAAGAAGAAAAAGAAAACGAAGAAGAAAAGAAAGGAAUUCAUAUGACCAUGUCGAUCUUUCCUCCACAACUCGCCACCCUCCCUCACAUGUCCAACCAAGAUAGAGAAGAUGAUUUGACACCUCGUCCCACUCCAAACCUUCCAGAAGGGUUGGCAUCAUUAUCAUUGAACUCUCCUUUCCCUUAUACACCCAUGGGGGGACCGGUGGCUGGUGGGAGUGGCGUCGAUAACGGUGGUGCGUCUGGGAUGAAUCGAGCUGGUGGUGGUGAAGAUGUUACACAUGGGUUGAAGGGUAUCCCACGAACACUUCCAGAGCAGGAUCAAGUUAAACGACCUCUUGGAGAGGUUGGAAACAUACCAAAGUUGGCUGGAGGUCUUGAUGCACAUGAAACAAGGACAGACAAAGUCGAUGGGGGUGGAAAACCGUUUGUUUCCGCUGUCAACAUUAACAUUGGGAAGGAUGAUAGAGGGAAGGAGAGAGAUGUGAAGGGUGUGGAGGGGAGGAAGACUGGGCAACAUGGAUCACCAGAGCACAUCGAUACAUCAUCACCACUCGUCGAUGACCACGAUGACACUAUCAGAGAAAUGGAUGAGAUGGAAGUUCCAGGAUUAUCCAUCACACCAAGCACCACAGCAUCAUCAAUCAGUAUAGUCUCACCCUCUCUAUCUAGCGAAGAAGAUUCACCAAAGGGAGAUAGAAAAAAUGCCGGCUCACCAACUACUAGCGUCGAAGCGGAUGAUUGGGAUGAUAGACUGAGGAAGUAUACUUGGGGUUUGUAUAAUCAUACGCUAAACCAAUUUCGAGAAGCCAAGCAGCGUGGAGGUAGUCGAAAGAAUUCUCCGAUUGCAGAGAAUAUACCUCAAUUUGGACAUAAAGAAAGUGGAAUGCAAAAGAUGGCUGCGCAAAAACGUCUUGCCAGACAACUCAAUUCAUGA